CUCUCUCUGCUUAACCGCGCCAGUGGCGCCACUGUAGGCUAAAGUAAAUCUCUCUCUCUCUCUCUCUCUCUCUCUCUCUCUCUCUCUCCACAAUUUUCGCCGUCCUCCCUGGCGACAAGCGACUAGGCGGUCACCCUCUCGUUCUCCUCCUCACGGAGUUACAGGAGGUUCUUGUUGAUUUUUGUUCCUUUUUUGGUGAAAAAAAUUGUGGGACUGAGCGCCUUCUUGGGUAUGGAUGCAGUUGGUUUUUUUUAGUUUCAGUGGACCUGUUUUAUUUUUAUUUUUAUUUUUAUUUUCCCGAUCGGACGUUAAGAUCCCAUUUGAACUUUUUGAUAUAAUCGAGUUUUCGACUGAUUGCUUUGGAGAGCGGAAAAUGUUCUUGAAGAAGUUUUUCGGUAUAAACAGCUAAUCCUUUGGUAAUUCUACGUUUUUAUGUAAAUAAAUAAUUCUGCUUAUUUCAUUAGUGAAUUUUAUUUAAUUAUUCCCACUUCAACGAGUAUUAGGAAUUUGACUCAUUUUCUAAGGUUUUUUUUUUGGUCAAAUUAUUUGGUAUCAUGCGUUAUCCCGUGUUUGGUAGCUGAGAAACCUGAGAUAAAGGAAAGUAAUUCCAAGUGCUGCAGUUUCUGCUCCUCAGGUGUGAAAUUGUAAUUCAUAUUAAGCCGAUUACUUCAUUUUUUGGGGCGUCUAACGGGAAAAAUUAAGGUGUUGUAUUUUCUUUUUGUUUAUUUUCCUUCACUUUCUCAGCAACCAAAUAAAAGUCCAUACCCAUGACUGUAAGUACUUCUGUUAUCAAGUGUUUUCACUUUUCAUUUUAGUGCGUGGUGUUUUGGGGCAAAAAUUGCUCUGUUUUCUAUUUAAAUUUAUUUUUAGAUCAAUUGUUCAUGUGUUGUUUCUCCCCUCGCUUAAGCAGGCAAUUGGGUAUUUAGAUCAUUUUCACAAAUAUAUGUGUGUGUGUGUGUGUGUGUGUGUGUGUGUAUUCAGAUUUUAGUGGAGAAUUGGGAUUGGGAAGGAUCUGUAAUUAUCUUCAGUUGUCAAAUUUCUCUCUUUGCAGAUUUCGCUUUGUUGUUGAAUUCAAAUAAUAGUCGAAGUAUAAAAAAACCUAGCUCACUGUAAAAUCCAAUGGCGGAAAAGAAGCUGAAUUUUAAUGCACCACUUAUGUCUGUGAGGCGUUUUUCAUCACCACAGCAUACUUCUGAUAGGGAGAACAAGAGAACAACAGAAAGGUUGCCACCCAGCAGGCAACAUUCUCUUCCUUCACGUAAACCAGGCUUGAAACUGGAAGAGUUGACAGAACCAGCUGCCGUUCCAUUUACAUGGGAGCAGAUUCCUGGAAAACCAAAGAGUGGGAGCAGAUUCCUGUCCAGUCCCCGCAAAGAACGUUCAAUUACUCCAACGCUACCACCGGGGAGGGCUUUAGAAAUUGUGCAGCAACAUUUAGAGAGAGAAACUGAAGAUCAAAAUGUAUUGACAUCCCGAAAGGAAGCAUUUCCCUCAAAUGUCAGUAUGUCAAAAUUGGAGGGCUCAAAAGAGCAAAACAAUGAGGGUGAUUCUGACAUGGAGAGUUGUGAUGCUUAUUCUGAUGCACUCGACACACUGUCACCUGCAGAAUCAUGCUCCUUGAAUUGUAGUGUUAGCGGUUUGAGCGGGUCUGAUGGUCCAGAUGUGAAGCCUUCUGGAUCCUUUUCUACAGACCCACAAACCAUGGACUUCAUGAUGAGACGCUUCUUGCCUGCAGCCAAGGCAAUGACACUAGAGCCACCUCAGUAUGCUUCAAGGAAGCAACUUGUCCCGCCUGUGGAAAAGGUGAUCGGUGGAGAUAGGACACCUCCACUGAAUCAAUAUGGAUCUAAUAUCGUAUCACUGUAUCAUCAGGAUGUAGGACAAGAACAGAGUGAAGAUGAGGAUAAUGAUUAUGAUGUUUCUGGACAGAGAUCGGCUAAAUCCUGUGGGCUAAUUCCCCAAUUUUGGUUGAAGAAUUCUUUGGCCCUUUUAAAUCCAGUGCCAGGGGUGAAAUCUAGGCUCCAUGUUCCAAAAGCUGCACAUAUAAGAGAUAAGAGUCAAAAUUUCCACAAGCAUGCUUGGAAUCCUGCUUAUAAGCGCAGCUUAGAUCAUGAAGCCCAAUCAGCCAAGCUGGCUGAGAUUGAACAUAAGCUUAAUACUAAAUCCAAUCAACUUAAUUACUCUAACAUUUCAAGGGCAAGAACUGGAUCAUCACCCUAUAGGCACUUGGGGGUUGGUGUUGUAGCUCCUUACAAAAAUGAAGCACCUCCAACUUACACUGAUGCUAGAGUGGGGCUUCUUAAUGCAUCUAAAGAAGUUGAGGAUUUCAAAGCUGACAGAUUGAACUUGUAUGGUGAAGGUUGUAAUGACUUUGAAGAAGUGUGUAGCCAUCAAAGUAAUACAUUUGGUUCUAGUUCAUUUAAUCCUCCAGUUGAGAAAACAUUGUACAUAGAUUCUAUAGAUAUGGUUGGAAGUCCACAUUGUUAUUCAAGUUCUUCCGAUACCAAGGGUUUGAUUUGCUCUGCUGAUGAGGAUUCUAAGGCUUGGGAGGAAAGCAAAGGGAUGAAAAAGACUACUGCUGCAAUGUCUCCUAUUCAAGAUAUUGAAUGUAUGAGUGCUACAGAGGAAAAGAGGGGCACACUGAAUCCUAAAGUCUCUAGGCUUGUUGAUAUGCAUCGAUCUUCAUCCUUGGAUGGGUCACAUCUUGGUGGCCAAACAAAAAUAAUGGAGGGCAGGCAGGAUGGUGGUCCUGAACAGGAAUCUAGGUCCUUGGAAUGCUUGAAAGGACCUGCCGGUGGAGACCAUAAGAGUAGCAAGCAGGUUCCAGAAGCAGCUGAUCAAGAAUGCACUAAUGUCAGUUAUUUCCAGUCUGUAAUUCCUCCACCUCUACCUAAAUCACCAUCUGAGUCUUGGCUCGGACGAACACUGCCUUCAAUUUCCACCAAGAAUUCAUUUUCGAAUUCACAUCUUGGAACCCAGUUCCAUCUCAGAAAGCAGGCUCCCAAGACACCCCCGGCUGGUUCCAAGUGGGAAACCAUCGUAAAAUCUUCAAAAUCACAUUAUGAUCAUGCACGCUAUUCUGAGGAACUGAUUUCUCAUGUUUCCCAGCAAUCCAAAACUUAAAAAAGUACAAAAUGUCCCUUACAAAGUACGUGGACUUUUGCACAUACAUCGGGAAUUUUUGUUCUGGUAUAGUUAAAUGGUAAAUAAAAAUUUCCAGCCUAUUUUAAGUCAGUUUUUGUUUAGGCCUUGCACCCGUUUUUACUCAUUUGUUAUAUUAAGUCUGUGGAAUGUGGUGUGCUCAUUUCCCUUUUUACAAGCACAAGUUUGCAAUGAACUGUUAAUACCUUGUCUUUACAAUGGCAAUGAGGUGAUUGCCAAUUCGGCUGGAAUUUAAUCUCUUGUAAUGUUCAUUCAUUUUGGAAUAUCAGUUAUGCAAUUGAGGCAGAUCCUACAAGUUUGUUAGUCUGCUAAA